CAGUAGUAAUGUAGCACAUGCACGGGACGCAUGUCGUUUUUUCGUAAAAUGUAAUUAUUUGUUAUUUGUGAUUGCUUAAUUAAAUUACAUUGGACGUGAACUAAAAAGAAACUAAUAAUUUAUGAAAACGUGAAAAAUGUUUUUGAUUUUUAUUCAUUAAAUAUUUUUUAUCAUAAAUUAUAUUAGUAGUUUUUGAAGAUGUCAAAUGAACCAAAAAUAUUGAUUAUUGGAGCUGGAGCUGCAGGUAUUGCGGCUGCUUCUCGUCUUUUACAAAGAGGUUUUAAAAAUGUUACGAUACUGGAAGCAAAAGAUAGAAUUGGUGGUAGAAUUCAUACUGUAGAAUUUGGUAAAAAUUUUAUCGAGCUGGGAGCACAAUGGUGUCAUGGAGAAAAAAAUAAUAUUGUUUAUGAUCUUGCCUCACCUCAUAAUCUAUUAGAAUCUUCAAAAAAUAUUCAUGAUCAUUCUAGACAUAUCUUUGUUGAUGCAAAUGGUGAAGUGAUACCUCAAAACGAAACUAAAGAAAUCAAAAGGAUUUAUUAUAAAAUUCUUGAUGAUGCAUCAAAUACUGCACACGAACCAAAAACUAAUUUUGGAGAUUAUUUUACAAAUCAAUUUCACAAAGAAAUUAAACACAAUACUUUGAUUAGUGAACAUAGAGCUGAAAAAAUUUUAGAUUGGAUGCAUAAAUAUGAAAAUUCUAUUGAUUGUUGUGAUACUUGGUUUGAAUUAUCUGCUACAAGAUUGAAAGAAUAUUGGGAAUGUGAUGGCGAUCCUUUGUUAAACUGGAAAACACUAGGAUAUAACAAAAUUUUUGAUUUAUUGACAAAUAAUUAUCCAGAUCCAAAAAAGAGACUGCCAGUACUUGAAAAGAUUUUAUUUAACAAAGAAGUUUCACAAAUUGAUUACAGUUAUGAUGAUAAAAUUAUUGUUACAACAUCAGAUAAGACAAAUUAUAUAGUAGAUAGUGUUAUUUUUACUGGUUCUUUAGGAGUACUAAAAGAAAAUCAUCAAAAUAUAUUUCAUCCAUCUCUGAGUCUCAAUAAAAUUAAAGCAAUUGAGAAUUUUAAUAUAGGGGUAGCUGACAAAAUUUUCCUAGAAUUUCCCAAUCAAUGGUGGCCAGAAAAAACUGGAGCAAUAUGCAUUAUGUGGUCUGAAGAACAAAAACAAAAAUUUUUAGAAACCUAUGGACAAUCUCGUUAUUGGAUGACUAGUUUAUUUUUAUUUUUUGCUGUUGAUUAUCAACCUCAAAUUUUAUCGGGGUGGUUAGUGGGACCAGCUGCAAAGCAUGUAGAAUCAUUAUCAGAUGAAGAAAUUGUUAGUGAAUUCUAUUUUAUGUUAAAGAAGUGUUUAGGACAUAUAUAUGAUAUUCCUGAACCAACAAAAAUGAAGAGGUCGAAAUGGUUUAGCGAUAAACAUAUAAGAGGAUCAUAUAGUUAUAGAAGUUUAAAAACUGAAGAAUCAGACGUUCAAGCCAAAGAUUUGUCAGAUCCAAUUAAAAAAUCACAUGGAAAACCUGUUGUUUUGUUUGCUGGAGAAGCAACACACGAGCAUUACUUUUCUACUGUACAUGGAGCCAUUGAAACAGGUUUCAGAGAAGCUAACAGAUUAAUUGAAUAUUAUAAGUGCCUCAAACCACAUUUGUAAAUGUUUUUAGAAGCUGUCAUCACAUAAAAAAACUGCUACCAAUUUAAUGGCGAAUCCAUGAUUUAUUGUUUUAUUGUGUAUUAAUUAAUCAAGUAUUAUGAUAAGCA